AUGUCUUUGGGAGAGGACCUGCUCAAGAUCGUCAACAAGCUCCAGGACUUGGUCUUCAACACCAUCGGCAAUGAUUCCCUGGACUUGCCGCAGAUUGUCGUAGUCGGCUCGCAGUCCUCCGGCAAGUCAUCGGUGCUCGAGAACAUUGUUGGCAGAGAUUUCCUCCCCCGUGGCAGCGGCAUCGUCACUCGUCGCCCGCUCGUGCUCCAGCUCAUCAACAUCCCCAGCGACAGCGACAAGCCCGAGGGCGACGAGGUCCACAUCCCACACACCCCUGCCAGCGUCGCAAGCCAGGACGAAUGGGCCGAGUUCCUGCACAUUCCGGGGAGAAAGUUCUUCGACUUCGGCGAAGUGAGGCGCGAGAUCGAGAAUGAGACGGCAAGAAUAGCGGGCAACAACAAGGGCAUCAAUCGCCAGCCCAUCAAUCUCAAGAUCUACUCGCCCCAUGUGCUGAGUCUGACUCUUGUCGAUUUGCCCGGUCUGACCAAGGUGCCCAUCGGAGACCAGCCGACGGAUAUCGAGAAGCAGACGAGGAACCUCAUCACCGAGUACACUGCGAAGCCGAACAGCAUCGUCCUUGCAGUGUCGCCUGCCAAUGUCGAUCUGGUGAAUUCUGAAGCGCUCAAGCUCGCGCGCCAUGUGGAUCCCAUGGGUCGCCGCACCAUCGGCGUGCUCACCAAACUGGACUUGAUGGACCACGGAACCAAUGCGCUCGACAUUCUUUCCGGUCGCGUGUACCCGCUGAAACUUGGCUUCAUUGGUGUCGUCAAUCGCUCGCAGUACGACAUUCAGGAGAACAAAUCUCUCUCCGACGCUCUGCAGGCCGAGCGCGACUUUUUCAAGCAGCACCCGGCGUACAGGAACAUGGCGAACCGCUGCGGUACUGAGUUCCUGGCCAGGACCUUGAACACCACGCUGAUGGCGCAUAUCCGCGAGCGGCUGCCCGACAUCAAGGCUCGUCUCAACACCUUGAUGGGCCAGACGCAGCAGGAGCUCGCCAGCUACGGUGAUGCUGCCUUCAUUGGCAAGGAACACCGCGGCUCUCUGGUGCUGCAGCUUAUGACGCGUUUUGCUUCAUCCUUCAUCUCUUCCAUCGACGGUACUUCCUCGGAGAUCUCCACCCGGGAGCUUUGCGGUGGAGCCAGAAUCUACUACAUCUUCAACUCGGUUUUUGGAAACUCUCUCGACACCAUCGAUCCCACCCAGAACCUGUCCACGCUGGAUAUCAGGACUGCGAUUCGUAACUCGACAGGUCCUCGGCCCAGUCUGUUCGUGCCAGAGAUGGCUUUCGACCUGCUUGUGAGGCCUCAGAUCAAGCUUCUUGAGCCUCCGAGUCAGCGUUGCGUUGAGCUCGUCUACGAGGAGCUGAUCAAGAUCUGCCACACUUGCGGCUCCAACGAGCUCAGCCGUUACCCGCGCCUUCAGGCUAAGUUGAUCGAAGUAGUUUCCGAUCUGCUGCGUGAAAGACUCGGCCCCUCCUCUACCUAUGUGGAAUCUCUCAUCUCGAUUCAGCGCGCGUACAUUAACACCAACCACCCCAACUUCCUUGGCGCGGCUGCUGCUAUGUCCUCUGUCAUUCAAGACAAGCAGGAGAAGGAGAGGAAGAUGGCCGUAUUAGAGGAAAAGAAGAAGAGAGAAAAGAAGCGCUUGAGGGAGCUGAAUGGCGUCAACGGGACGGAAACGCCGGAAGACCAACAGGAUGAGACAGAAGCCCCUGGGGAAAAAGCCGCCAAUCUGACCAUCCGCGGCCACUCCAGCAAGAACAGCAGGAGCAUGUCUCCGGCUGUUGGGCGCGCUACUCCCUCCGGAAUUGCAAGCGCACUGAAUGGUGCUCGUGGAGCCUCGCCGCCUAGGUUCCAGCAACCUGGGUCCACCAAGGAUAGCUUCUUGAACUACUUCUUCGGUAAGGAGGGCGGUUUGCCCAUGCCGAACACUCCACCGAACCCUAUGCUGGACACGCGUCCCGGCAGCAGGCACGUUAUGCAGAGCCAAGAACCCAGCUUUGCUGGAAGCUUUAGGAGAGGCGACAACCACACAGUCGAGCGCCCUCCCAUCUUUGAUGUUAGCCAAGACGAACCCGAACCUACGUUCCCCCGGAAUGAUUAUGACAGCCCAUUCCCUGGAGAACCGGAGCCUCCUGCGCUUACCGAGCGCGAAGCGUUGGAAACGGAGCUCAUUCAACGUCUUAUCUCGUCCUACUUCAACAUCGUUCGCGAGACCAUUGCCGACCAAGUGCCGAAGGCUGUCAUGCAUCUUUUGGUCAACUUCUCCAAGGACUCGAUCCAAAACAGGCUGGUCAGCGAACUCUACAAGGAGUCCCUGUUUGAGGAGCUUUUGUACGAGGACGACGCCAUCAAGUCGGAACGUGAGAAGUGCGAGAAGAUGCUCAAGAUGUACAAGGAGGCCGCUGCCAUCAUUGGCGAAAUUCGGUAG